AUGACCGAGGUGGCCGGGCCGGGCUCAGUAUAUGUGGCUGUGAAAGCAGUGUGCUGGCUGGGGAAUCGCCAGAGAAACAGACUAGAGGCAGACACACGGGAUAUUCAUCGCGUUCAACAGGAGAUUCUGCUUAAGCGUCUACAGAAACACUCCAACACAGUUUACGGGAAACAGUACGAGUUCACAUCCAUUUCAGACACAGAAACAUUUCAACAGCGCCAUCCGAUCACGGAUUAUGACCAUUAUGAAAAGUUUGUCGAGCGUAUGGCUAAAGGAGAGCAGAAUGUUUUAAUACCGGAAAAGCCUCUUAUUCUGGCUAUGACAUCAGGAACAUCUGGAUCCAGCCGUAUGCUUUUGAGCACCAAAGACACCAACACAGAACUCUUCCUACAGGGGGUGACCGUUUGUCUAGAUGCCAUGAGGCAAGCCUUUCCAGCCACUGGCUGGCUCCAGAAAACCCUGAAGCUCUUUUACUCGCCCAUUUUUCGUCAGAGUGAGGCAGGUAUUCCUAUUGGCCCCAACUCUUCAACUCCUGCCUCCUCUAAACACAUGCUGCAUCUUUACACCACGCCAGCACCCAUCUAUCAGGUGCUGAAUGACAGAGAUGCCUUAUACCUCCAUCUGCUGUUUGGGCUUAAGGACCACUAUCUUGGCAUGCUGGAAUCUAACUUCAGCUCUACCGUCUUUUAUGCCUUCAGAGCCCUACAGGUACUCCAUGCCAACGAUUCUGCCAAAAGGCAAGGCAAACCUUCAGACACGCCUCGUCUGACUCCACCAUCUUCCUCCUGUGCAAGACCCAGCUCUCUGCGAUCAUCAAGCCGCGGCACCAGGCCGUCAGCAAACCUGGGCAAUGCCCCAGAUCCCGCCGCCGCAAGGCCUUAUGUGACACUGGCCGCAGCCCAGCCUUUCACCGCGGCUCCUCCUUCGGCAACGCUGUUUGCAGCCAGGCCUGCUGGUCCCCCCUCAGCCUCCCAACCUUUUCGUCCAGUUGUUCCUAACCCCGUGCCUUUUCCACGGCCACCAGUACCCGCAAGCCCAAGCAAGCGCUUGGCCGCCUCCGCCCCCAAUCACAGUCCCGCCACCCGCCACUUUCAGCUCGGAGCUCGCAGCCCAAGCAAGCGCUUGGCCGCCUCCGCCCCCAAUCACAGUCCCGCCACCCGCCACUUUCAGCUCGGAGCUCGCAGCCCAAGCAAGCGCUUGGCCGCACUGGCUGUCAAACACAGCCCCGCCGCCCGCCACUUUCAGCUUGGAGCUCGCAACCCAAACAAGCGCUUGACUGCACUCAGUGUCAAACACAGCCCUGUCCCCAGUCCCCUUCAGCUCUCUCCUCCAAGCGAAAUCACAAUACUUGCUCUUCACCGCAACACCAAUGCCCGUCCCACCAAAAGCCGUCGCCUCGGAACCUCCCCAAGCGCUAUGUGCCAAGAUCCUCAACCACCGCAAACUCAGAUUCUGAGCAAAGAGCCCCAUCUGCAGCAAAUAACAGGCAGCCAUGCAUCUCGUUCAACAGUGGGAGAUGCACCAGACAGCGCUGCCGCUACCUACACAUCUGCAGCUUCUGCGGUGGAGCCCACACCCGCAUCGUAUCGCAUUGGAGAUGUUGUGAAAGUAGUUGGGUUUCAUAACCAGUGUCCAAAAGUGGAGUUUCACUAUACACUGCGUGGGCAGAUGUUGAGCGUGCGUGGUGAGAAAGUGUCUGAAUCACUGUUUUUGGGGGCACUUAAGAGGGCAGUGACACAGUGGCCAGGAGCCAAACUAAUAGACUGCUGCGUUGAGAGCGGCGUUUUAGGCAGUGCAUCUGGAAUAGCUCAGCCGCAUUAUCUUGUGUUUGUUGAGCUAAAGGGUGUGAGGAACCUCUCAGAGGAACAAAGAUACAAGAUCACUGCCACUGCCACUGACUCUGAUAUCUACCGAUCCUUCAGGAUGAAGGGCAGCAUCGGACCAAUGAGAGUUCAGCUCGUUUGUGACGGAACUUUCCAAGAACUGAAAGAUCGCUUGAUGGCCUUCUCCAGUACUUCGUCCAACACCUUCAAAAUGCAGCGUGUGAUACGCAGGAGAGAGUUUGCAGACUUUCUACUGCAGAGGGCUUUUUCAUGA